AUGUCUUCAGAACAGCCACUGCACGUUGUUAUAAGGAUCCCUUAUAAAAGACCUCAUGGUUUCGUUGAGCCGCCCUCUGUUGUAUGGACUGAGGAGAUGGAACAAAAACUAUGGGAAAUACUUACGCAAAAUAAACGACAAAGCAUUGACUGGUAUGCAGCUUCCCGUCUUUUAAAUGUGCCUGUACCGUAUCUUCUGCGACAUGCUUCGUUUUUAUAUGAAACACAGUUGCGCGGGGUUCAGAAACAGUUACGACGAGGGGAAACUUUAAGUGCUAGCAAUAGCGGAAUUAUAGGUAGUCGAAAUAGGGCAUCAAGUCGAGCAUCUUUAACAAAGGUUUCGAUAUUUGAGGGUGAUGGGACGAUCAUUGGUCACCAAAGACCGCUAUCCGCAAUGUCUAAUGCAAGCAGAGAACACCACACCACAUCUCGUGGAGGGCAUGUUGGUUCACAGGAUAUGACACGGACGGGAAGCAAUACUAGUUUGACAGAUGGGCGCAAGCAAACAAGCGGAUCGGCUUCUUCUUCUCUGAAUGCGUCAGUCGUACAAUCGACCAUUGAACCAUCUCAAGUAAAAAAUGUAUUAGUUCAUACGCAAUCCACACAAUCUCCCCUUCCAAUUGGAAUGACUAAUGUAUCAGGGCGUCCAACAUCUCCUUCUUCAUCUGUUUCAACAAUUACAACUGAUCAUCUCACUCAAAAACAAGACAAUUAUACAACUACUUUACCCACGAUAGAAUCAUCAACAAAUACGUCUUUCGCCACACCUGCUGCAUCAAUGACCAUGCCUCUAUCUCGAACUCUUUCAAAUCCAUUGUCUUUUGAUACGCACGAUCUUGCUACUACAAAAUUGGAAAUGCAAGAUCUUGCAGCUUUUCUACCAAUAACUCAGAAUGCCGGUCCUAUUGAUACAAAUAAUUCUUCAGAAAAUAAUGAUUCAACGGGGACUCCGAUAAUUAAUUUAACACCAAAUUCACAACAGCCUUCAAAUAUAGCAACAAAAGGAUCUGCAGCAUCAGCAGAUUCUCAACAGUCUCUUAGUGCGACUGAUUCAGCAAAUUCCUCAUCAUCUUUAGGUAUUCAAUGA